AUGCGCUUGCAAGUGAUCACUGCUGUGGCUGCGUGGACUGUUACCUCGGCAUGUCAAAGCAUUCCUAUCACUCAAAACCUCUGGUCUCGCGAUGUUGAUUACAAGGCGCUCAGUGGAAAGCUUUCUAGCUCUGCUAAGAUUUACUACCCUGGCUCGGAAGGGUUUGUGGAGGCUACUACUCGGUGGUCCAAUUUGGACACACCUACAGUGAACAUUGUGGUCGUUCCUAUCACAGAGAACGAUGUCGUCGAGACGGUGAAAUUUGCAAACAAGAAGAAAUUGCCUUUUCUGGCUUUCAAUGGCGCCCAUGGAGCAAUCACAACGUUAGGAAAUAUGACCAGCGGUAUCGAGAUCUACUUGGACCAGCUCAGCAGUGUUAAAGUUGCUGAGAAUGGCAAGACCGUUACAAUCGGUGGUGGGACGAAGUCUAAACUAGUAACUGACACGCUCUGGAAUUCUGGAAAGCAGACGGUCACUGGAGCUUGCGAAUGUGUCAGCUACCUGGGUCCCGCCUUGGGUGGUGGCCAUGGCUGGCUUCAAGGCCGCCACGGACUUAUUGCUGACCAAUUUCAGUCGAUAAACAUCGUGCUUGCCAACGGCACUCUUGUAACCCUAGACUCGAGCUCUGAGCUCUGGUGGGCGAUCAAGGGUGCCGGUCACAACUUCGGUAUUGUCACCUCCGUCACCUCUAAGAUCUAUGACAUUGAGUACAAGGAUUGGGCCAUUGAAAUCUUCACCUUCAGCGGUGACAAGAUUGAGGAUAUCUACAGUGCUGUAAACAAGUACCUCCUCAAGAACGGUACCCAGCCUACUGAUCUUAUCAACUGGUCUUACUGGUUUAACGACCUUGAAGCGGAUGCUAGCAACCCCAUCAUCCAAGUUUUAGUCAUCCAAGAAGGCGUCACGACCGUGAACUCGGCCUACACUGCUCCCUUCCACUCCUUGGGCCCUAUUUCUGUUGAAUCUCAUAGCGGCAGCUAUACUGACCUUGCUGAAUGGGUCGGCAUCACUACGACUUCCGGACCUUGCCAGAUGGACGGAUCCGUGAACCCACGGUUCCCCAACUACCUCAAGACUUACAAUGUGACCGCGAUGAAGAAAGCCUUCGACGUCUUCGCCAAUGGUAUUCGUGGCUCUUCCGUUUUCAAUAACUCUCUCGUCACAUUCGACGUAUACUCCACAGAAGGCGUCAAGUCUAUCGACUCCAAGAGCACCGCGUUCGCCUUUCGUGACCAGAAUAUUCUCACAGCACCCUUGAUCCAAUACAAACCCGCCGGCCCCGAGCUGGACAUAAAGGCCGCUAAGUUGGGUAACAGGAUCCGACAAAUUCUGCACAAGGGGUCUGGAGAGAAGCAUGUGCGCGCGUAUGUCAACUAUGCGUAUGGUGACGAGGGCCCUAAGGAGUGGUAUGGUAGUGAGACUUGGAGACAGAACCGGCUGCAGACCUUGAAGAAGAAAUAUGACCCGUAUGGGUUGUUCAGCUUCUAUGCGCCAAUCGCUUAG